UGUUGUUGGAAACAAGGAGCAAGUUCUUUUCUCAGUGUCUUUGCUUCCCAAUGCCUCUCCAAAAGCUCUCAGCAUUCAUUGAUGCCAUCUGCAGGUUUGUCAUCUGCAAUGACUCCUCCCUCCGUGGGCAAACGGUCAUCUUCAACCCUGACUUCUUUGUGGAGAAGUUGCGGCAUGAGAAGCCUGAAGUCUUCACAGAGCUGGUGGUCAGCAACAUCACCAGGCUCAUCGACCUGCCAGGAGCAGAGUUGGCCCAGCUGAUGGGGGAGGAGGAGCCCAAGCUGCCCGGUGGCAUUGGCACAGCCUCUGGAUUCUUUCGGUCCCUAAUGUCUCUGAAGCGUAAAGAUAAAGGGGUGGUGUUUGGCUCCCCGCUGACUGAGGAGGGCAUCGCCCAGGUCUCGCAGCUCAUCGAAUACCUGCACAAGCAUCUGCGAAUGGAGGGCUUGUUUCGCGUGCCGGGGAACAGUCUCCGGCAGCAGAUCCUGAAGGAUGCCCUGAACAGUGGGGUGGAUAUUGACCUGGAAUCGGGGGAGUUUCACCCCAACGAUGUGGCCUCUCUGCUGAAGAUGUUCCUGGGUGAAUUACCAGAGCCCCUGCUGACACACAAGCACUUCCAAGCCCACCUCAAAAUUGCAGGCCUGAUGCAGUUUGAUGACAAGGGGAACAAGACCAGCGCGCCGGAUAAGGAGCGGCAGAUCGAAGCCCUGCAGCUGCUCUUCCUGAUCCUCCCCCCGCCCAAUCGCAGCCUGCUCAAGCUCUUGCUGGACCUGCUCUACCAAACGGCCAAGAAACAGGACAAGAACAAGAUGUCUGCCCACAACCUGGCGCUCAUGUUUGCACCCCACGUCCUGUGGCCCCGAAAUGUGACAGCAAACGACCUGCAGGAGAAUAUCACAAAGCUGAAUGACGGCACGGCCUUCAUGAUCAAACACUCGCAGAAACUCUUCAAGGCUCCGGCAUACGUUCGAGAAUGUGCCAGGCUGCACUACCUGGGGUCCAGAGUGCACGCUUCAAAGGACGACCUGGAUUUGCUGACAUCGGCUGGGUCCAAGGACCUCCAGCCCCUGAAGUCUCAGAAGCGGAGCAGGCUGGAUCCUUCCCACCGGGAGGAGACGCAGCAGCGCACGGAGGAGGCGCUGAAGGAGCUCUUCCACCACAUCCACAGCAUGCCAGACUCUGCGAAGAAGAAAAAGCUCAUCCGGCAGUUCCAUAAGCAUCCUGGCACUCUCACUCCUGGGCCCGAUGCGCCGACACCCCCGGUCCAGAGGCGCACCCGCUCCCGCUCCUUCAGCGGCCUCAUUAAGAGGAGGAUGCUGGGGAACCCACUGAUCUUGGAAAGGAAAAGCAGGGAUUCCACACCGGAAUCAGAGCGAGCCAGCAAAGAGAACCUCCACCUGUUACAGAGACCGCCUGAAUCUCCAGCAAGUCAUGGCACCCGAGCAAAGUUGAAAUUGUCUGAGGGCAGGAAAGAGGACUCCCGUAAACAUCUGCAGGCCCUUGCGCCUUCCACCAAGGAGCCGUCCGUCUGAGCAGCCAGGCACCAGCCCGUGUGUGCGGCAGACGUGUGGACUUGUAAGCUGUGAAUAAUGCCUGCUGCAUCUCAAGCUGUGAGAGGACCGAGUGCCGCAGCCUCCAGCGAUCCCUCUAACCCAGCUCACCGGGGCUUGGCUUGCAACGGGGCCUGCUGCGAGCAUAGUGAGGACUCUGACUUCUUUCUGUUAAUAUGGGCAAACCACUAUCUAACCAAGCACCUGCAGGGUGUCUGACCCUGGGUCUGAGGAAGGGCCGGAGAGCCCGUUGGAAAAAGGCAGGAGCUUUGUAUUCACUGGUUUUGUUCAGUGCUCCGGGUUCUCGCUCUCUGAGCUUUUAACACGUUUGUCUUGUUUUUACCCCCUGCCUCCCAUCAACAACCAGAACGGUCAGCCACGUCCCGGCAGCUAACUCUGUCUUGCUAGCUCUUGUGCACUGGUCUCUCCUUGCGGGUAUCGAUGAGGGGGGAUCCCCAACCCCAGGGGUCAUUUCCGCCUUCCUGACAGGCUGCAUGCUGGCUUGGCCAUGUCAGCCCCUGGGCAGCUGCAGGGAUGUGGGGAAUGGCAGCGGGAGGAGGGGAAUUGGGGGGUGACAUCUUCAUGUCAAAUGGUGAAGAAGCAGAUUCCAGAAUAAACUCUCGUCAUCUUGAUGUUAACAGAGCCCCUUAGCCACAGUCCCUGCUACUUACAGGAUAGUCCGUAGAAAGCGCACAGUGAGACCAGCCCCGGGAACAGACUGCGUGGUCUCUAACUAAAGGUCAGACAUAAUUAUAGAGGGAUACUUUAAAGUGCUUGUUUAAGCAAGGGCCGUGUCUCGUGCUGGAAGGCAGGUUUCACUGCGGCUGGAGUGGAUUGUGUUUCCAUGUACCUGUCACCCCCCUUUGCUGUGCUUCCUCUCCCAUCACGGCUGAUUGCCAAGACCGUUGAGGCAUCGGAAGGUCUGUCUCCUUUCUAAUCGGCCGCCGGCUGCCUGACGCAUUCAGCAUUGCUUGUCACCUCCCGGCUGUUUCCAUGGUCGAGGUCUCUGGAGGACAAGUAGGGGACAGCUCUAUCGAGGAGGUGCUGAGCCAGGCAGAAGCUCUCGACUGUGAAAUGGGGUUGGAGGGGGGCAGACAGGUUGUCUGGGGCUAACAUGGCGGUGUGACCUCCCAUGGUUCAGAAGCAGGUGGCCAUGGCAGCCAGGCAGAGUCCACAUGGGAGCUGUGCAGGGGCGAGGGUGUUGCUUGGUGGGUGCUGGAAGCUGGCGGCAGCUUUCCAAGUGAUGGCCGGAGGUAGGUUUGCCAGGCCCAGUGCCCGGGGAUACGUAUCUCCCUCUGCCAGUGGUACCGAAGACUGGCCUGCAGGCUGUGUUUUGUAACCAAUAUGCUGAUUACAUACACCUUUAAGACUGGCAGGGACUUCAGGCUGCCUGAACAAUCAGUUAGCAAGCUGUCCCCUGAGGUGCGGGAGGAGACUGGAUCUCGGCUCAGAGCUGCAGAAACGGGAUGAAAUCACCUAGACGCAGAAUAAGCCCCAGUCGCAGCUGGUCACUGGCAGCUGUCUGGCUCAUUAAGCUGAAGUGCUGUGCUAAGCCGAUACCUCGGCCACAUGGCUGUUUGCGAGCACUGUGGUAGAUGGAGAUACACAAGAUCACCACUGUGAAGUAAAGAUUUAAUCAGUAGGGGAGCCAGCUAAACACUUCUCAGCCCUCCUAGAUGGAGCAAAUAAUCACUGCAAUCCAAUUAUAAUUGUCUCCUAAUCUUCAAGAGUCAGCAGGGGUAGAACUCCAUCCAUGGCAGAUUCUCCAUGUCUGAGGAGUGGUGACAUGAGGUGUGAACAGAGACCUGGGCACUGAUGUGAGUCCAGCUCUAGGCACGGGGCAGAGCUGUGCGUGCAGGUCCCUAACCCCGGUUUGUCCAGUGUCCGAGAAGUAGCAUGCCCAGUGGGAAAGGCACUGCUAGUGGAGGUCUGGGACUGAGCUAGAGUUCUGUUCCUGGUGCUGCCACGCAACGGGCACGUGACUUGCCCAGGACACCCCACACAGUGGCAGAGGUGGGUAUGGCCAGACUCCCAGUCCCCUCUUUGGAUCCCUAAACCCUGCCAACAGAGAGUCAAUUGGAGGUACUGGAUUUGUGUGUUAAUCUAAAAUAACUCCACCCCUCCAGCCCCCCGCCCCCCUUUAAUGAAGCAGUGAGUCACUUUACUGAUAAAGGCUCAAAACUGCUUCACGUUCACAGGCAGCUACGAGGAAAAGUGGGUUUUUAGCUCCCCUUCAAAUGUUCCCGAAGCGGUGCCACGCAUGGGGCUCUGUCUGGCAUACAGAGAGGAGCAGCCUCUCCUUACCUGGCUCAAGGACAUGCUGUGUCUUUGUGCUUAGCCUCGUUUUCCAGCUAGGAGAGGUUUGUCUCUGUCCUUCCCAGCUGAACAGCAUUAGCCCUGCAUUCUGCAUGGCUCACAAACCCCCCACCCUUUGGCUGCAGUACCGAAGUGGGGGGGGCUUGAAGGUCCUGGGGAAGGAUGAGGCCCAUGCCUGCCCUCAUUUCUAAGCAAUGAAUACUGGGGUCCCAGCAUGCUCUCCUCCAUCGGAUCCUUCAUCCUCCAUGGCCCGCCCCUCCCAGAGACAGCUGACACAUGGCCUUGGGGCUCUGGGCACGUGCCAGGUAACCCUUUGGGAUCCCGACUGGCCUGGCUCAGUUCCACCAGGGGCUGCUUGGCAUUGCUGUGGGGGCCAGGCUUGCCCCAGCCCUGCCGUGGGCUGCCUCUAUCCCGUGAGGUUAUUUGGAACAGCUCAGUCCCAGGAAGGGGUUUCUCGACCAGCGUUCUGGCCUGGGAGAGUCCAGAGAGGGAGUAAGGACAUGGCUUGUGUGUCCAGUGCGGUGUCCACCAGCACGUAGAGCCGGGGCUCGUAUUGCUGCGAGGCCGUGCCGGGGUAAAUGGGACCCGUACAGACCCCCCCCAGGAGCCCUUUUGUAAAUAGCCUGUAUCCAAAUACGCGGCUGGGCAGACGGAUACCUCCACCUAGCAGCAGAUGAGUAACGGUUAUUGCCCCAAGCAAGCAGCAUUGUGUGCGUGGGGCGCUGGAGCGAGCACUAGGAGGUGCUGCUGGCAGGUGAGCUCCCCCAGAGAACGAGAGCAGCAGUGAUGCUGGAAAGCCUGAUGGGGCGCUAGGGCCUGUGAGGAGACGUGUGCAUGCCCCUGCCCUGAAUGGUGACCCUUGGAAAGCACAACCCUCCUGAAUGCACCCCCCAGCCCCCAUUCAAACACUCCACGGAGCCAGAGACCCACUGAACAGCCAGCGUGGUCCUUGUGCAGGGGCAGCCCCUUCACUGGAGCCUGGUGCUAUUCCGGUCCAGGUCAUUGGCCACUCCCCUCUACCCAGUGAGACAGGCCAGGUGCCCGGUUAGUGCCUCCCUCCAGCCUCUGCUCCUAGCCUCAGUCCUUGCGCAGGGGCACUGCCUGUCUCCUAGCUCCCCAGGGAAGGAGGGCAGAGUUCAGGCUCCUGACAGAUCCCAGCUUGGCGUGGCUAUUAACUGGGUUACUUCUUGCUGGCCCCAGUGCAGGGUUUCUGGAUUCCACAGAAAUACUGUUAGUUCUACCGGGACUUUGUGGGGAUUUCAGUGCAGGACACAAGGGAUCAGAGCCCCGCUGGCAGCACCCUUUGUCCUGUGGGCAGAGGGGGUUAGUGGUGUGUCUCUGGGCGUUGCCAGCCCAGCUGCAGAGGCCACAGGAGCUGCCAGAAACCACUGGGUGCCAACUCGUCACUUAUGGGCACAGGGGCUGGAGUAGCUACGGAGCACCCCUAGCCUGGGCUGAGCUGGGAGUGGCUCCGCUGUUGAAGUGGCCUCGCGAGCCCAGCCCUGGAGCCCAGGCAUUCGGUGUCAUUUUUAAUCUCUGUCCUUAUUUAUACGUGCGUGUAUGAUCAGUCUGGCGUCUCCUCUCCAUGCCUUAACGGGGAGUUCCCAUAUUAAAGGCUUGUUAGCGCUCUACACUCAGUGGCUUAUUCUCGGCUUCACUAAGUCACCUCCUGCUGUUCGGUGAGGAUUUGGGGGUGGGUUUGUUUGCUGCGGGGUGGGGGGAUAGCUGUUUACCAAGCCAGUCCCUUCAUCUGGUCUUGUCAGCUGGGCAUGGGCAGGGUGACUCGGGCAGCACUGACCCUGCGGGAUGGUGGAGGGGAGGAGGCGUAUCAGAAUGGCCAGACUGGGUCAGACCAAAGGUCCAUCUAGCCCAGUAUCUUGUCUUCCAACAGCGGCCAAUGACAGGUGCCCCAGAGGGAAUGAACAGAACAGGGAAUCAUCAAGUGACCCAUCCCCUGUCGCCCAGUCCCAGCCUCUGGCAAACAGAGGCUAGGGACACCAUCCCUAGAGGCACUGUGAAGCCACGCUCCUACCCAUUUGGGGUCUUUAAAGGUUUCCUGCAAGCAGCAGGGGUCCCCCACACAUGCUGAUGGAGUGUUCCUUCAGCUGGCCUCCAUAAGCACCCCGCCACUUUUAAUCCAGGUGGAUGAAAAUCAGAGUUUUUAAUUUAAAUCUUUUUUAAAAAAAUGUAAACUAUUUUUUUUUUAAAUGUGUACUCUGCUCAUUCUUUGCUUUCUGCCCAUUUCAUCGUCUUAAAUAGCUGAAGUGGAUGUUUUGUGCUUGUUUAAUUCGUUUCCUGAUUCUUAGUAGAAUUUUGGAUUCUAGAGUCUUUUUUUUCUGCCAAGAACCUUCACACUUAAAAUGUUCCUCUGGGCUGUAAAAGACCAACCCAGGGCCUCAUUAAUGUCCUUGUUGUGAGAAGAGCUCGGACUCAAACUGGAGAAGCAGACAGCCUGUGUACCAUUUGCAACCAACACUCCCUUCCCGUACCGUGAGCCUCUACCAGGCAAGAGAGCUGUAAUGCUUCGCCCAGGCUGCCCUCCGUCAUUGGAGCUGGCGGUCUGGAACCAGGGGUCCUGUGCUCCUAAAUCUGAAAUGUCUACCCCCUGCUACCCAAAGAUGGCCUGUGUUGAAAAACAGGCCCCCGGGACUUUACUCGUGUAUUGGAAAUGGAACUCCCUUCGCAGUGUUAACCCUGACACAUUUGGGUUCGAAGUGACAGCGAUUUUAUGCCACAAAGAGGUUUUUCAUAAAAAUACAGAUUUAGCUGCUGAUACUGCAAACACUUACGCCCGUGCUUCCGCUUACCCAGCCGAGCUGGGGCACUGAAGUCAUGGGCCUGGGCGUGAGGAAAGGUACAGGAAUUGCGGCCUUCAUUUCCAAUAUUUUGGUUUUUGCCAAUAGUAGUUUUGUAAAUUCAGAUGAGAUACCCAGCCCGUACUUGCACUGGGGGGAAAAACCCACUUCAUAAUACAUUUUUAACAGCACAAAUUGUCAAAUUAGUUUUACGAAACGGCAACCUCAUUGAAAUCAAUGAUUAAAAUCGCCUUGAAUCACUUCACCCUGGUUUCAAUUUGACAUGUGGUUUUCAUUUAAUCUCUUCUACGGCCAUGUGGUGUUGCUGGGAGCUGUCAAACAGCUGCUAUGUUUCACCCCAGCACUGGCUGCAUUGUGUGGAUUGGAGACAGGAUUAGAUCUAUAAAAUCAUUUUUACAGCGUAGUUUGCCUGGAAC